AACGUGAUUUGUAUACUGUAAAGGGUGGACAAAACCAGGAUUCUACUUGGAACUUGAAGGUGCAACAAGCUAUUUGGGUCGCGCUCUAGCUCCCCUCUCCGCCUCCCUUCACCGUAUGAACGCCUCCCAGACGCUCGAUUGCUACUCACGCGACCAGCUCCGAUUUCCGCCGAAUACUCCAUUCAGCUGCUCCUGAGUGUUCUAGCUAAACUGUUUUCAGAAACAAUGUGCGUUAAUAAAUCAAGAGCUAGCUAUAUAUAUAAUCAGAUGCACAUUUCCGGCAAGCCGUCAAUGUAGCAGCAAAAAACGAUGAAGUGGUAUUUCGUUGCUUCGUUUCUCACCAUCCUUACCAGUUCUCAGGGAAUUUUGACAACACUUUCGCAGAGUAAUGGGACUUAUAAGUAUGACUAUGCAACUGUUCCUUUUCUUGCUGAAGUUUUUAAGCUUCUAGUGUCUGCUUUACUUCUAUGGAGAGAGUGCCAGAAGUUACCUCUUCCAAGGAUGACUACAGAUUGGAGGAGUGUUCGUUUAUUCCCCAUUCCUUCUAUCAUAUAUUUAAUACACAACAAUGUUCAAUUUGCUACCCUAACAUAUGUGGACACAUCCACCUAUCAGAUAAUGGGCAAUCUGAAAAUUGUUACCACUGGAAUAUUAUUCAGGCUGUUCUUAAGGCAGAAGCUUUCUAAUCUGCAAUGGAUGGCAAUUGUUCUGUUGGCUGUUGGAACAACAACAAGUCAGGUCAAAGGCUGUGGAGAGGCUUCAUGUGACUCCCUUCUCUCUGCACCCAUUCAAGGAUAUAUGUUGGGGAUCUUGUCUGCAUGUCUUUCAGCACUAGCCGGCGUAUAUACAGAGUUCUUAAUGAAGAAAAAUAAUGACAGCUUAUACUGGCAGAAUGUACAAUUGUACACGUUUGGUGCAAUUUUCAACUUGGCGCGACUUCUUUUGGAUGAUUUCCGUGCUGGAUUUGAGAAGGGACCAUGGUGGCAGCGUAUUUUUAAUGGAUACAGUAUCACUACAUGGAUGGUGAUGAUAAACCUUGGAUCAACUGGUCUUCUGGUUUCCUGGUUGAUGAAGUACGCUGAUAAUAUUGUAAAGGUGUAUUCCACAUCAAUGGCAAUGCUACUGACUAUGGUUCUAUCUGUGUUCCUCUUCAAUUUCAGGCCAACAUUGCAGCUUUUCUUGGGCAUUAUUGUCUGCAUGAUGUCACUGCACAUGUAUUUUGCUCCUCCAAGCAUGCUCAUAGAUUUGCCUUCGCCAGUAAAAGAAGAGCCAGAGAAUGUGAUAGAAGUUUCUGUCGACCGCAAAAUAGAUUCUUGAUUUAUCAUUUUUAUUCAAUCAAAUAUAUAUUUUUUGAAAGUUUCCUUGUAAAAGAAAUGAAUGGAAGUUGUUUUACUUGAUGUUAAGAUUGAGUAUUACCGUGAUGUAUCAAGUAGAAGAUGGGCAAAGAUGUAACCCUAGCAAAGAAAAUAUUGAAUACAAUUUUUUACCAUUUGCGUUGGCAGUGGUACUUAAUA